AUGCCAUUCAAUGGUGAUCCAGAGCUUAAGGAUAUGUUUCCAGGUUUCCGCCUCUCGCUGCCUCCCAAGCGGUGGUUCAAAGACAACUAUGACACAGACUUCCUGGAAGACAGACAGCUAGGACUACAGGCCUUUUUGCAAAACCUGGUUGCACACAAGGACAUUGCCAACUCCCAGGCAGUGAGAGAGUUUCUGUGUCUGGAUGACCCACCUGGGCCUUUCGAUAGCCUCGAGGAAAGCAGAGCGUUCUGCGAGACUCUGGAGGAAAGUAAUUACCGUCUCCAGAAAGAGCUGCAGGAAAAACAGAAGGAGAUCGCCUCCCUGAAGAGGAGACUGGGUGAAAGGGAGCAAGCCAUCCUGCUACUGGAGAAGCACGUCAAUGGUGAGUGUGUGAGCCCAGGGUCUCUAUGUGGUCUGUCAGCUCAGGGCAGUGAGAGCAGCGCAGACGCAGAUCCAGAUGUGGAGUCGUCUGCUGUAGAGGCGGAUCAGGAUGUGCCUGACGACUCGGGUGGCAGGUGUGAGGUCGAGCCGAUGCGAUCGUCUGCAUGUUGGUGUGGUCCGUCACUCAGCACAUCCCCUCCGAUCAUCCAAGUCACUCAGCUUUACCACCAGAAGCUGGAACAAUAACAAAAACCCAGGUUCUCUUUUUUCACUCAUGUCCUCCUCCAGAACACUCCACCUUUCUAAUGUUUUAGAGCUAUUCCACACCUGUUUUUGUGUUUUUCUUCCCACAAACCAAUUUCCCCUUCCAAAUUGAAGGCUCUGUUUUACCUUCUAUUCUUAGAGCUGGAUCUGGCGCAGCCUUUAUCUGUGUAUAUGUUUGAAAGGGAACCAUUUGUAUAUACAACAGCUGCUUCAGCUUCAAUUAUAAUUCCACCUACGGGUCAUUCUAUCUUCCCAUACACAUGACUUCAUUCCGAAAAGAUUGUGCAAAUUAUACAAAAUAUAAACUUUAUCUGGAACUACAUGGCUGCUUUCAACUUAGUACUCCUUGUUCACUUUUGAACCAUGAACUGCGUCAGUCCAAUUGGAUCAAUCGGAUCCUGUGGUCACAAAGCCAAAGUUUGGCUUCUUGGCCAAAAAAAAAGAAGAUAACUUGAAGACUUUCACAAUUGUGACAAUCGUAGAAUCUUCUCACGUGAUUCUGCAGAUGUGCAUUGCCUUAUGGCUCCCUCCUUGUGACAAGUGGCCCUCUUCAAAUAAGAGAAACAACACCCCCAUGUGGCUACAGAAUAAUAAAAAGUCUGGAUAAAUGAGAAGUCUCAGGAUGCACAUUGGUAACCAGGUGGGUAUCACAGAGGAUGGAUUCUGAUUCAAAUACAUUAUGUCAUUGCUUUGUACUGCCAUUGACUCUCAUUGAGGCUAUAGACUGACCUUGAGAAGCCUCACUGCUUUCACUUCUGAUUUGCAUCUAAAAGUAGAGAUUCCCUUAAUGUUCUAGUGCCAUGGUGGAUUUUUUAUAAAGUUUAGUCCUGCGAGAGACUACAAAAGAUGUAAUGUACUCUACUGAGAGAGAGAGAGAGAGAAACCAAGGAAACGUGGCCCAUUGUUGCUUUUUAAGUAAUGUACACAAUCAUGCAUCAGUUUGCUUUUCGACAUUGAUUAUGCUAAUGUAAAAAGAGUCCAUAAUAUUUACAACACUUAACCUCUUCUGGCACCUUGCCUGUUAAGGAAGUGUAGACUGAGCCUGGAAUUGUAUCAGUUUCCUCAAGGUCUAACUAGAUAUUGUAAAGCAGCUAUAUAAAAGGAUCAGUUCACCCAUUUUACGAAAAGGGUUUUUCAAUCUUCUUGAUACAGUUUAUUUGAACUGAUGGUUGUUUGGUGCUCAAAGUAUUGGAAAAUUGCAUAUAAAAAACAGAAAUCCACAGUCAAUCAAGAGGUAUGACUGUCUUUAGUGGACCCACCAUCUUUAAAAUAAUAACGCCUUAACAACGCCUUCCAGGGUAACAUCCUGAGUAGCUAACCUCCAUUAUAUUUUGGUUGAAGCAGAAAGGGCAAGCUACCUCAAAAUCUCUGCAGAUAAAAACAAAAAUAUACAUUGCAAGAUACCCGGAGGAGUGGUUUGGGUGAACUGUCCUUUUAGGAACACGAUCGUCUAUUUAUUUUAGGAUGAACCUCUGCUUCAGUCAAGGAAUGCAGAAAGAAAGCCCCGCUUGUGGUGUUCAUUUACCUGAAACAAAUCCAGGUUAUGACCUGACAGACAAAGGAGUUCAAAAAACAUUCGUUUUUACAACUCGGGCUUGGAUUCUAGAGAUCAAGGCCAAAAAUGAAAAUGGGAUGAGGAACCAUUAUACCACUUUUCAGGAAUGGCUGGUUGUGAUCAGCGUGUUAUCAGAAUUAAACCUCAUACUCAAAAGCCAUAUUGAACACUUGAGAAGGGGCAAUGGUUUCACAUGUGGCUGUGUGUAAUGACCAGCUGCGGGUUUGAGUUAAUGAAGUGUAUAAUUACUACAGCUGUUGUAAAAUGGUCUGAAACGAGGCCUAUGAAUAGGUCAAAUUAUGCACUUUAUGGAUGAAUGGCAACCCCUCAUGUUUGCUAGGAUAUGUUUUUUUUACUCCUUCAUUUGUUUGCGACGGAAACGUGCCUUUUCAACCACUGAAUCUGUCUCGAUUCACAACUGGAUCUUAUGUGUUAAUUUCAUUUAUGUAUAUGGGGUUUUGUUCGGGUUAAUUCCCUUCACGUGUAAUUCUAAGUGCCUUGAACAUCUUUCACUUAAUGUUUUUUUUUAUGUGUUUGAAUAGGUUUGUGUAAAACAUGAGAUGUUGUUAGGAAAUUCAAGUUGUUCCUCUGAAGGAGAUCAUGUUUUAAUUGACACUUGUGUAUGUCGUUGUUUGGAAUAGACUGAACAGACAUGGUUUUUUAAUAUUGCAUUAAUUCAUAUGAAGUUCACAUAUGCACCCAAAGUCUUUGGUAUCACUAUUAAUGUCCUGGAUUUUAAAGGGACAAUUCACGUAGAAAUCUGGUCUGAAAUGAAUACUUUAGAUACUGUAGCCCAUGCUAUAGCAGAGAUGUUUAUCAGAAAUAAAUGUUUAUUCACUAAAUUAAAUGUGGAAUGAUCUAUUGAGUUCACAUGUAUAAUUGUUCACAUUUAAAGGAGAUGGUAUCAGUAGUUUUUGCUUGGGUGAAAUUGGGUCUGUUCGAAUAAGUGCUAAGAUGAUAUGGGCUUACAGUUGCAGUAUGUCCUAUUUUAAAAGUGUGAUGAUCUCGAAAUGUAAUAAAUUCUUAUGACUUAUGAA